CUACAUCAACAGUAUCAGCAACAGCAACAGCAACAGCAGCAGCAGCAGCAGCCGCAAUAUCGCGUCGUUUCAUCGGCUGUCGGACAGCCCAACCAAGCGUCGAGCAGCGGCAGCCAGCAGCCAUUUUUCUACCAGACACACCAACAACAGGCAACACAACACCAACCGAGUCAAGUCUAUCCGCAGGCCGGUGUGCAGAUGCACCAGCCGCAGCCGGUCGUCUACACCGUCACCAGCGCCGGCCAGAUGAGCCCACAGACGCAGCCACAACCACAACCACAGCCACAGCCACAGCCACAGCCGCACACGCAGACGCAAAUGCACAUGUCGCUCUAUCCGACCGCCAGUACGAGUCCCGUCCCGGCCGCGGUUUCGGUUCCAGUUGCCAGGCCGCCGACGGGUCAGACGUCGGGGGAAUACCAGCCCAUUCAGCCGGCUCGAGUCAUCACUUACGCCCACUCGCCGUCUGCGGGUCAGGCUCAACUCGCGUCGUCGCUAACGCCCGACACGUUUUCGACAACAGCCGCCCCACCACAGCCGAUGCUCGCCUAUCAGACGGUCAGCCUGAAUCAAGGCGCACCGACCAAUCAACAGCCGGCCAUUCGUCAGCCAGUUGCAAGGCCCUUCCAACCGACCAAUCAGCAGGCGACGGUGCAAUCGGCCAAUCAGCCGUCAGGGGUGCAGCCGAUUUUCUAUGCCUCCGGCCAGAGCCAAUCAGGAGGCCUGCUGAUGGCCGGACUGACCAACCCGGCCGACCAAUUCACGUCGUCGCUCGACUCGGCGCCCAGCCAACAGCUGAUCGGCCAGCCGCAAGUGUUGACUCGACCCAGUCAACCGAGUCACUAUCACCAGCCGCAACACCAACCGGUCACCGGGCAACCGCCGCCCCAUUCGCAUCAACAGCAUCAUCAGCCAGCCGCGGUGGUUGCACAACGACAGGCCAGAAGUGGUGGCGAGCCUUGCUGCAAUCCUUGCGGUGAUUGGCAAAAGACGACACUUUUGCCAAACAAUCACCCAUUCCCAGCCGCAAUAGAUGCUAUCGAUUUGACACUCGAUUUACGCGGCACCAUCGAGACCGUGUCGGCCAGGAAAGGGUAG